AAUAAAUAAUAGAAAACUUUGUUUAUUUCUUACACCCUACCAUAUAAUAAUACUUUCAGAAGAAACUCCAAAAGUAAAAUCUUUUAUUCUGAUUCCAAUGUGCGACUGAUGGAGGUGGUUGUAAUCUAGGCUUCCUGUUCAGCUCCGUUUCCAAUCCUAGAAUUUUCCUGGAAAAUUCAAAAUUGGCAAUCUUUUUGCCGGAGUGAGUUUUCCGAGAAAAUUUUAAACCCCGGUUUUCCUUUUUUUGCUUGGCCCAAAAUUCUGAUAGAUUUUCGAGUUGGGUGUGCUUGAAUUCGAUGGGGCAGCAACAAUCCAAGGACGAGUUGUUGUACCAGCAGGUGAAUUAUGGAAACUCAGAAGGGAUCAAAGAACUUCGCAGACAGGGUGCCGGCCUUGAGUGGAUUGACAGGGAAGGGAAAACGCCCCUAAUCUUAGCCUGCAUGAAUCCUGAACUUCUCAAUGUUGCAAAAACAUUGAUAGAAAUUGGCGCUAAUGUCAAUGCUUAUCGUCCUGGUCGUCAUGCAGGGACUCCUUUACAUCAUGCAGCAAAAAGAGGCCUUGAACAUACUGUUAAGCUGCUUCUUGCACAUGGAGCAAAUACAUUAGUGAUGAAUGAUGAUUGCCAAACUCCUCUUGAUGUUGCUAGAGCAAAAGGGUUCACCAAUGUUGUUCGUGCAAUUGAGAAUCAUAUCUGCUUGUUCUCUGGUUGGCUGCGGGAGUUUCAUGGGCCAGGCUUUCUGGAAGCACUUGCCCCUCAACUGGUCACGAGAAAAGUUUGGGUCGUUGUUUUGCCAUCUGGUGCCCGUAAUCCGACAAAGCCUUUCAAACUGGAGCUUGCUAUAUAUCCUAGUAUGCAGGUUGCCCAACCCCGAACAGUUAUUGCAUUGGGGAGAGCCAAUAUGGAGGAGCCAAAAUUUGACCAGCCUGAUCCUGCCGUGACAAUUCUUGAUAACUCCACCAUCCCAAGAGGCAGGAGGCACAAGCGAAGCAUUAACACCUGCCGUGAGGCAAGGUGUAAGCCUCGAGGACUUAGACAAAUGCGCAUCAAACUUGCUCCUUCAAAUGCAAGUGACAAGCAACAACUUCAAUGGUUUUGCAAUGCAUGCAAAGGAAUUCCGCAGGGAACACCUGCAUUUUUACAUCAUACACCGACUCCAGUUGUUCCACCAACUGCACCACCAACUGCUGAAGAUUUAGAAUUAGCAAUGGCAAUCAAUGCUUCAAUUCAAUCUGCCAUAGAGGAUGCGCCACCUUUCUGUAACAUCCACCCAAGCUCUGAAGCAAAUACAUCCACCGGUUGGAGUAAUGAUCAUGUGGAUAUCACAAGUCAUAAUGGUUGGGGGGCAACAGCUGCUUCUGCCCCUCCAGGCAGUGAAUGGGCAGCCCACAAGGCUGGUCCAAGCCACAAUCCUACUCAGCCCAUCCAGAUUCAAAAUAGUACCUCUGCCGUUUUCCAAGCCCAUGAAAUCUCCACUUCUACAAGCCCGUCAGCUCCACCAAUUGGUAAUGAGGUUAUAAGUGAUGGCCCAAUUCACUAUCCAUCAAUUGAUGAUAGCCCUGUUGAAUUUUCUGCUCCAGCCAUUGAAAACUUACCUGCUGAAGCGGUAGAGAAGAAAGAAAAUGGAGGUGGUGCUUCAUCUUGCGUAAUAUGUUUGGAUGCUCCAGUUGAGGGGGCUUGCAUCCCGUGUGGCCAUAUGGCUGGAUGCAUGUCUUGUUUAAAUGAGAUAAAAACCAAGAAUUGGGGUUGUCCUGUUUGUCGUGCCAAGAUUGACCAGAUCAUAAGGCUGUAUGCUGUUUGACUACUGCCGCAUAAUAGGUGAAGCUGUAAGUGCUUUUAUGGAAAUACAUUAUUUUGCAAAAAAGAGCCCUCAACUGCCGCAACAUCGUUUACUAGGGGGCUGCUCUCUCUCUAUUCUUGUGAACUGAUGAAGAAGCAUGGAGCAGGAAAUACAACAAAAGAAUGUUAGUGGUAAUACCUCAAUUUCUGGAACAUUCAAGUGUGGAUACCUUAUUUAUAGCUGGAACUGAAGCGGGGUUCACCAUGAUUGGGAAUUGGGAUCUUCUUUCUUUCAAGUGACAUGUUGAGUAAAAUUGUAAAAUCUUCUUCCUCGGACUUAAAAGGCUUUUAAGAUUGAAACUUAUAUGUACAGCUGACAUGUAUAUUGCUUAUUUCUGUCAUAUUUUCAAUUUUCUGUUGUGUGACAACAAACAAAUACUAUUUAUUGCGUAUAUGAUAUCCAUAUAUUCUGUUACAA